GACUCUUUCGGCUUUCCGUAGUCGCCCACGCAUCCCGGGCUCCCGGAGGGCGCGCUGCGGCGGAGAGAGCACCCGGUGCGCCCGGCGCCUGCGACGCCUGUCCCGGGGGCAAGAGCAUCAGUUUCAAUCUGGGAACCUUUAAAUGAAACUUGCUUAAAAUCUACAUCAUACGUAGAAGAGAGGCCUCAAUCAACGACAAGGUGGAAAAGAGUGAUGUUGUCCUUAACAAACCUGCAGAAUAUCAUCUAUAACCCGGUAAUCCCCUAUGUUGGGACCAUUCCUGGGGAGCUGGAGCCUGGAACGUUGAUUGUAAUACGUGGGCAUGUGCCCUGUGAUUCGGACAGGUUCCAGGUGGAUCUGCAGUGUGGGAGCAGCGUGAAGCCGCGCGCUGACGUAGCCUUUCAUUUCAACCCGCGUUUCAAGUGGUCCAACUGCAUCGUGUGCAAUACUCUGAAAAAUGAAAAAUGGGGAUGGGAAGAGAUCACCUACGACGUGCCUUUCAAAAAAGAAAAAUCUUUUGAAAUUGUGAUGAUGGUGUUGAAAGACAAAUUCCAGGUGGCUGUAAAUGGGAAACAUACACUGCUCUAUGCCCACAGGAUUAGCCCAGGGAAAAUAGACACUCUGGGCAUUUAUGGCAAAGUGAAUGUCCACUCAGUUGGUUAUAGCUUCAGCUCGGAUUUCAGAAGUACCCAAGCAUCUAUUCUGGAACUGACAGAGAUAAGUAAAGAAAAUGUACUGAAGUCCGACACACCACAUUUUCCUAGUAAUAGAGGAGACAUUUCUAAAACCGUACCCAGAACUGUCUACACCAAGAGCAAAGGUUCGACUGCCAAUCACACUUUGACUUGCGCCAAAAUACUACCUACCAGCUGUUUGUCAAAGACUCUGCCAUUCACUGCGAGGUUGAACUCCUCCAUGGGCCCUGGACGAACCGUCUUCAUUAAAGGAGAAGUGAAUAAAACUGCCAAAGGCUUUAAUGUUAACCUAGUAUCAGGAAAAUCAAAGGAUAUUGCUCUUCACUUGAACCCACGGCUGAAUAUGAAAGCAUUUGUAAGAAAUUCUUUUCUUCAUGAGUCCUGGGGAGAAGAAGAGAGAAAUAUUACCUGUUUCCCAUUUAGUCCUGGGAUGUACUUUGAGAUGAUAAUUUAUUGUGAUGCUAGAGAAUUCAAGGUUGCGGUAAAUGGUGUACACAGCCUGGAGUACAAACACAGGUUUAAAGAGCUUAGCGAUAUUGACACGCUGGAAAUUGAUGGAGAUAUUCACUUACUGGAAGUAAGGAGCUGGUAGCUGAUAUGCUUGCUACAAAAACUGAAAUACAGAAUGGCUUAUGUAACCCUGGCCUUGUUAAAAUGCAUCUAUUAUAUUUGUGUAUAUAUAUUGUUAAAAUGAGCUUGCAUAACAUGAAGUCCUCCUAGGUGUUCUCAGUCCUUGCCACGCAUUGUGGCUUUGUCUAGCACAGACUAAGGACAUUUGAGGCAACAGGUAACUUAAAAAGUCAUUAUUCAGGCCUUCCUGUUCUCUCUCCCACUCUGGCCUCUGCUUCACAUUCAACAAGUAUCGGUUGAUACAGAAGCUAAUGUGCAUGGAGCACUUAUUCUCUGUCAGCCCUGUGCUAGGAGCUGUGGAUAGAAGUAUACGGUGGAGCACAGUGCCACUCUGUUCCCUGUUCUCUUGAGCUCAGAAUCUUCUUUGCUCUCAUAUCAUUCCACUGAUUUUUCUACAGGCAUUAAUCACAUAAAGUAACCAGAGAUAAUUACUCAGCUGUGAAAUCACCUCCAUGAACUAAUUUACAAAACAUUACUUCUCCAUCGAUCACUUUCAUACCCAAAGUUCAAUCAUAUCCCAUAAUGGAAAGGACUGAUGUUGCCUUACAUCUGGCAGUUUCCUUUAGCACGAUAAAUACCCAGCUGUACUAGCUGUAAGCAUUUCCGAGUAAUUUAACACUACGAAAUCUGAACACAGCACAAAGAUUAAGGCAAAAAACAAACACAGCAAAACAAAACCAAUGGUAUUAAAAUUAACUUGAUGUCAGGCCCCUGAUGUCUGUACCAGUAAAUGCUUAGAGUACCUGAAUUCAGGGUGAGUCCGAAGUCUACACAUACUCCAGUAGAAAAGUUUAAGGUAGAAGCCUUCAACGAAACAAUGUCAAGAUGAGGUUUCAUGACUGUUCAUAAAAUAGGCACUAUCAAUCAGAGGGUAAACUACACUGAGACCAAUGGAGCAGAGAGAAGUGGUGUAACAGUCUGUUCUUGGCCUCAUCCAAACCAACCUUGCCUCUCAGCUCUUCUAAAGAUUAGUCCCUCAUCAUCAGCGACGGAGAUCAAAACACUGUUCUACUUUAAGUGAUUAAAAUCAAACCUGUAUCAGCACGUUAAAUUGUUGCAUUUCUGUAAUUUUUUCUAUUAUUCUUUGAAGCGAGUUGGCAGAAGUUCUUUGUACAAUUCUUACAGGUCAGAUCUUGUUACAAGAAAUUUCCAAGGCUUGGGAGUGGGGAGGUAAAAAAAAAAAAAAAAAAAAAGCUGAAUCAGUUUGAUCAUUUUAUCUGUUAAACUGCUGGGCUGAAUAUGCUGCCAGCAUUUACAAAUAUUUUCAUUACAGAUUUUUGGUUAGAUAGUCUUUUUGGUAUAUGGGUACAAAUAAUAAGACUAGCAAUCUGAUUUUUUAGAAGUACUCAGUGUAGAAGCUUCUGGCACUUAAUUCUUUUCUAUUCAUGUUAAUUUAUUAUGUUGCAUCUUGCCAAGCUCAUGGGAGGUGGAGGAGGGGGGUCCUGACUUUCAACUGGGAAAGUUGUAGAAGGAAUCCCCAGGGUUUUUUUUUUUUCCCCCUUUCUAAAGAACAUCAGAGGGCUUACUCAGAGAAAAAUAAAAGCACACAUACAUUGUUUCCUCUAAUACCUAAACAUACCUUCAUGUGUAACAAAAGCGUAAACAUCAAGUAUUACUAAAAAAGACAUGAGAUUUUGACAGGAAAAAAAACCCAAAAUAUUAAUGUGUUUUAAGAAGAAGCUGUUAACAUUUACUAAUCUUAUCAAGAGAUUUCUUAGAUGGGAGUACACAUUCCUAGCAAGUGGUAUCUCUCCAAAGCUGCAAUUUAGCCUUUUGUUUCAUCACAAUUCUGCACUAAAUUUCUGUAUUAGAACAAAGGCUUUCAAACUAAACAUUCUAUGUGCAGUCUUAGAUGCUUUAAAAUUUUUUUAAAGGCCUUAAGUAAAUAAAAUGCCUUAAAGGCAGAUUUUAAUUUUUUUAAAGCCUUUACUUCACGUGACAUCAGAGAUUAGAAAACCUCAAAGCUUUGAAACAAAUCUGAUACUUUAUCGUACAAGUAAUUCUUGGAUUACCAUCAGUGGAAAUGUGAUCACUUCUAAUCCUGGAGGAGCCAUGCCACCUAGUAUUUCUGGGCCUUUUCUAUUUGUGGCCUCUGCCUACACAGCCCACUGCCUUGGCCCCCCCCAAAGACUGAAGGGUAAAGACAAUCGUAGUCCUAAAUGAGAAAUGUAUUCCAGAACCAAUUCCCUCUGUGGCCACACACACAAAAAUUAAGGCUGAAGUGUCAUCUAC